CUAUGUUAAGUAGUAGUAGAAGAAGAAGGCACUUCCUGCGCAGAUGUUAAAAGAAACAAAUUCUGAAAUAUUCAUGGCUUGACGGUAAAUAAAUGUGCUGGAAGUGAAAAAAUACCGAAGCUCAAGAUGAACUACGUACCAGGGACGGCAAGCCUCAUUGAUGACAUCGACAAAAAGCACCUGGUGUUGCUCCGAGAUGGCAGAACUCUGAUUGGUUACCUCAGGAGCAUCGACCAGUUUGCCAAUUUAGUGUUUCACCAGACGGUGGAGCGCAUCCACGUGGGGAAAAAGUUUGGAGACAUCCCGAGAGGAAUUUUCAUCGUCAGAGGGGAAAACGUAGUUCUGCUUGGAGAGAUGGACGUGGAUAAGCCCUGCGACACCAUCCUGCAGCAGGUCUCCAUCGAAGAGAUCCUAGAGGAGCAGCGGCUGCAGCAGCAAGCCAAGCAGGAGACGGAGAAAGUCAAGAUGCAGGUCCUGAAGGAUCGAGGCCUUUCUAUUCCCAAAGCGGAUAACUUGGACGAGUACUAAAGCAGCUUUCUUUCCGGGGUGUUUUUUUCUCACAAGCCUUUUUCUCAGUUUGUAUCGGACUGGUAACUUGUACCUUUGAUCCGAGGAGUUUUGUGGGCAGAAUUAUCAAGUUUACUGUACUGGUCGAUUUUUAUUUGAAGUGUUUGGAGGAAAAUGUGAUCAGCUCGUCUCAGUUUUGCAAGAUCAUGGUAGCAAAGUUAAAACAGAAAUAAAUAAAUGGUUUCCCAAAUUACUGUUCGUAGUUUUGAGUACAUAGAAGCACUUUGUAUUUUGUCAUAAUGUGGUGAGCUUUCAUGUUUGAGGAUGUCUGCAUCUGCUAAUGAUGAGCACUACUUUCUCAAAUAAAAGAAUGAUUAGUUUGUCAUUAUGGGAGCUGCUUGGGAAAACAUCUAAUCACAUGAUCUAAUCGUUCCUCUGUCUCUGAUGCAUGCAUUGCUAUAAAAGCUGUUUAUUUUUAGAAUAACCCAUCAGGGUGCGUCCUGCGGAGUGACCUCCUACACGGGACUUUGCAGAUCUACAAGCAAAAAGCAUCAUUCUCUGUGGCAAUUGAAUUAAGGCAGAUCAGUGGAUCAGACAGCCUGUGUCCUGCUGUAGAGAUCACGGCGCGUCCGGACAGAUCGAUCCUAUCUGCCCUCAUCGGUCAAUAAUCCGCCUGUUAAUUGUUUGGACUAAUGAUGAUCAUGUAACAGAGCUCCCGUGCGGGAGUCUUAUUUUGCAUGCAGCCCACUAUUAAACCAAUUAUUGCCACUGCCA